AUGUGGUUUUAUAUUGUGAUACAUGUGGAUGAUGGUGCAUCAUAUACUGAGCUCAAUGGUGACUACGCUACUGCAUGCCUCUUUUUUUGCCGAAACUUUGAGGUGGAGGUCCGGCUGCCUUCACAUCUCAAGGAGACUGUGACCGUCUCUCGCCCUUUCAAUAAGCACCAGCUCACAAAAUGCUUUGAAACAAUACAUCUCACGUCAGUCGUGAUUGUCGCAGUGAAGAAGACGGAUCAUGAUAAGUCAUAG